AUCUCCUCCUCCUCAUCCACCAUGGCCGCCGUCGUUCCUUCCACAAUUCCCACCUCCACGGUGGGGAACAAGGCCUUUAAUGACAAGGGCAAGCCCAUGGAAGUGCGCCUGUCUAACAUGGUCGCCGCCAAGGCUAUCAGCGAUGCAGUGCGGACGUCUUUGGGUCCGAGGGGUAUGGACAAGAUGAUCCAAACCUCCAAAGGAGAGUUGAUCAUCACUAACGAUGGUGCUACCAUCUUGAAAAGCAUUCAAGCCUUGCACCCUGCAGCGAAGAUGCUUGUCGAUCUCUCUGCUGCACAAGACGUCGAGGCGGGCGAUGGCACGACAUCAGUCGUUGUGCUUGCCGGAAGUCUCCUGGGUGCCGCAGAAAAGAUGCUGCAGAAAGGCAUGCACCCCACUGUCAUUGCGGAAUCGUUCCAAAAGGCGUCGGCGAAGGCCGUUGAGUAUCUCACCGAGAUCUCCACGCCAAUCAACCUCGAAGACAAAACCUCCCUCCUCCGUGCAGCGACGACAUCAUUGAACUCCAAGAUUGUGUCGCAAUACUCCUCUACCCUUGCUCCCAUCGCCGUCUCUGCAGUAACACGCCUUGCCACUUCCACCUCUUCAAAUGUCGAUCUUCGUGACAUCCGGGUUGUCAAGAAGGUUGGCGGCACGAUCGAGGAUACUGAACUGGUCGAUGGUGUGGUCCUCAACCAGAACGUUGUCACUACUGUGGGAGGUCCCACGCGGAUAGAGAAGGCGAAGAUCGGUCUCAUACAGUUCCAGCUGAGCGCCCCCAAGCCUGACAUGGAUAACACGGUUGUCAUCAACGACUACCGCCAAAUGGACAAGGUGAUCAAGGAGGGCCGACAAUACCUGCUCAACAUCUGCAAGAAGAUCAAGAAGGCGAACUGCAACGUGCUUCUCAUCCAGAAGUCCAUCCUCCGCGACGCCGUCGACGAUAUCUCGCUCACCUUCCUCAAGCGCCUCAACAUCCUCGUCGUGAAGGAUGUAGAGCGUGACGAGAUUGAGUUCCUUUCGAAGAGCAUGGGAUGCAAGCCUGUUGCGGAUAUCGAUGCGUUCACUGAGGACAAGCUUGGCUACGCGGACCUCGUGGAGGAGGUCAGCCAUGUUGGCGCGAAGGUGGUCCGGAUCACAGGCGUGAAGAACAGGGGGCGUACUGUCAGCAUUCUCGCGAUGGGCAGCAAUAGCCUCGUCCUCGAGGAAUGCGAACGCAGUCUGCACGACGCUUUGUGUGUCGUUCGCUGCCUCGUCAAGAAGAGGGCACUGAUCGCUGGUGGCGGCGCGCCUGAGAUCCACGUCUCACGGCUGCUUUCGCAAUAUGCAAAUUCGCUCAAGGGCAUGGAGGCAUACUGUUUCCAGGCAUACGCCGACGCGCUGGAGGUCAUCCCGACCACACUUGCCGAGAACGCUGGUCUCAACCCCAUCGCGAUCGUCACCGAGCUCCGGAACCGGCAUGCGCUUGGGGAACGGAACGCAGGCAUCAACGUUCGCAAGGGUCUCAUCUCCAACAUCUUGGAGGAGGACGUCGUGCAGCCCCUGCUCGUGUCGACCAGCGCCAUUGAGCUCUCGACCGAGACGGUUUGCUUGUUGCUCAAGAUCGAUGAUUACGUCCAGACACGAUAGAUAGCAGACUCAAAAUCAAGUGUACAGAUAUAUCGCAUAUUGCCAACUCAUGGGUCUAAUGCUGCUCUAUGCUCCGCGCUCUGCUUUCCGUUCCUGUAGAUCAAUCUGCCGACAUCUGCUCUUGUGACUACCUCAGAGUCGCCUUGAUGAUGUUCCGGAGCUGUUCAUCUUCACAGCGGAGCCACCACAGACAACUGUCGUCGUCGCUCUCCUUCAGACGUACGGCAGCGAGCCCCUCGUUGGAGGGAGGAGCGGCUAUCUCAGGGCAUAUUACAAUCUUCAGGUCGCCUUCGAAAGGAGGUCUGUCACGUUCUGUCACUUUCAAGCGACGUUGUAGUCCUUGCAGCCGCCGCAGUACAGCGUCCAUCGAAGACUCGCACCAUCCGCGGGAGGUGGACGACUCAAGGCUGCUCCAAGUGGCCUCGAAGUCGUGCUCCGCGAUGCUGAGCGUGCUCGCGAUCGAGAGGGCCGGCUCGGCCAUGAAAGGCGAGUCCAGCCCGAGGAGAUCUACAGACGAGGCCUCUUCGUCUAGGAUCUGCACUAU